AUGCCUCGCGGCGGCGGGCUCAUGGCGCUGGGGGCGCGGCUGCGGUUCCUGUUGGCGGUGUGGACGCUGGCUGGUCUGGCCCGGCGCAACGCCGGGGAGGCGGGCGAUGGAGGGUGGCAGCGGCGCGGGCCCGGGGCGCCGGCGGCCCUGGCGGAGGAGCAGUGCUGCGCGGUGGAGCGUCGGGCGGACCUCAGCUACUCCGAGUUCGUGCAGCACUACGCCUUCUCCAGACCCGUCAUCCUGCAGGGGCUCACAGACAACUCGAGGUUCCGGGCUUUGUGCUCCCGAGAAAGGCUACUGGCCUCCUUUGGGGACAACGUGGUUCGGCUGAGCACUGCCAAUACCUACUCCUACCGGAAAGUGGACCUGCCCUUUCAGGAAUAUGUGGAGCGUUUGCUGUAUCCCCAGGACCCUACCUCCCUGGGCAACAACACCUUGUAUUUUUUUGGGGACAACAAUUUCAGUGAAUGGGCAUCGCUCUUUCAACACUAUUCCCCACCACCAUUUAGUCUGCUGGGUACCACUACUGCUUACAGCUUUGGAAUUGCAGGAGCUGGUUCUGGGGUGCCCUUCCACUGGCAUGGGCCCGGGUUCUCAGAGGUGAUCUACGGCCGCAAGCGCUGGUUCCUAUACCCCCCUGAGAAGACACCAGAGUUCCAUCCCAACAAAACCACGCUGGCCUGGCUUCAGGACGUGUACCCAACCCUGGCACCAUCUGCGAGGCCCUUGGAGUGCACCGUCCAGGCUGGUGAGGUGCUGUAUUUCCCAGACCGGUGGUGGCAUGCCACGCUCAACCUGGACACCAGUGUUUUCAUCUCUACCUUCCUCAGCUAG